GCCGGAAGCGAGCCGGGCCGGGCUGCUGCGGGGCGGCGAGGAGCCGGUGGUGGAGUCGGCGGGAAGUGUGCAGUGCAGCAUCUCAAGAGGAAAGACCUGUUUUGUGUAGAAAUAAGUGGUUUCCAGAGGACAGCCCCAAUGACAGAACUGUCUGCGCAUUUACCCCAGUUUCAGCAUGGGCAGCUGACAGAAAACUUCCCUGAUAACCACCUCAGCAAUACCCAAGAGUCCAUGGCCUCUGCUCUGUUUAAAACUGAUCAGAAUGACAACAGUGAAAGACGUCGCCAUGAAAAUAGCGAGCGCAGAAGAAAUGACAAUCCUGAGUCUGAGACUAAUGGUCAGCCACAAAACAACACUCAGCAAGUGGUGGAACAAGACGAAGAGGAAGAUGAGGAGCUGACACUGAAAUACGGGGCAAAACAUGUGAUUAUGUUGUUUGUACCUGUCACGCUUUGCAUGGUGGUCGUUGUUGCAACCAUCAAGUCUGUCAGCUUUUAUACGCGCAAGGAUGGACAGCUCAUCUACACUCCUUUCACGGAAGAGACCGAGACAGUAGGACAGAGAGCCUUGAAUUCAAUUCUCAACGCAGCUAUCAUGAUCAGUGUCAUCAUUGUCAUGACCAUACUCCUGGUUGUGCUUUACAAAUACAGGUGCUACAAGGUGAUCCAUGGCUGGCUUAUAAUUUCUUCUCUUCUGCUGCUUUUCUUUUUCUCAUUCAUCUACCUGGGUGAAGUUUUUAAGACCUACAAUGUUGCUAUGGACUACAUUACAGUGGCACUCAUGAUAUGGAACUUUGGCGUUGUGGGAAUGAUCUGUAUUCACUGGAAGGGGCCGCUCCGGCUCCAGCAGGCCUAUCUCAUUAUGAUAAGUGCUCUCAUGGCCUUGGUGUUCAUCAAGUACCUGCCCGAAUGGACUGCAUGGCUUAUCCUGGCUGUAAUUUCAGUGUAUGAUUUGGUUGCUGUACUAUGUCCUAAAGGUCCUCUUCGAAUGUUAGUUGAAACAGCUCAAGAGAGAAAUGAAACUCUCUUCCCAGCACUUAUUUAUUCCUCAACAAUGAUCUGGCUAGUGAACAUGGCUGAGGAAGAUCCUGAAGCCCAGCGGAAAGCUUCCAAAAACUCCAGUUAUGAUAAACAAGCUCCGGCAAACCAGACUCAGAAUGAAGAUGCUGAAGCAGAUGAUGGUGGCUUUAGUCAGGAAUGGCAGCAACAAAGGGACAAUAGAAUAGGACCCAUUGAAUCAACACCUGAAUCUCGUGCUGCUGUUCAGGCUCUACCCAGUCAUUCUCAAACAAGUGAAGACCCUGAAGAACGAGGAGUAAAGCUGGGCUUAGGAGACUUCAUUUUCUACAGUGUCCUUGUUGGCAAAGCAUCUGCAACAGCAAGCGGGGACUGGAAUACAACAUUAGCCUGUUUUGUGGCCAUAUUAAUUGGUCUGUGCCUUACACUUCUGCUUCUUGCCAUCUUUAAGAAGGCCUUACCAGCUCUUCCAAUCUCCAUAACCUUUGGGCUAGUUUUUUACUUUGCUACAGAUAACUUGGUGCAACCCUUUAUGGACCAGCUAGCGUUCCACCAGUUUUAUAUCUAGCACACCUGAUGUUGGUAUUCUAUGGAUAUUUGUAGCAAAUCUGGGAGGAGAAAAAAACCAUUUUUUUUCCUCAGUUCUCAAGUAAGACUGAAGUUUAAUACUCAAGAUUCCAAGCUUGAAUCAUUACAGCUUCCUCCAAUAACAUUUUGGUUUGGCUUUUUUCCUGAGACAACUGCUGCACUGGACACCACAUGAUUUUUCCUGUGUGAAAGUGACUUCUUCUUGACGGCUGGUCUAAACCGGGUGCUGUUAUAUCAGAGGUUAUCUGAUACACGUAUCUCUGGUGAGGACCACCUGUGUGAAAAUUGCUAAUGCUUCCACCAGCAAUGUGAUCUCUUGCCACAGGCUGAUUAUUUUCAAAGCAUUAAGAGUGCUCAGGACUUCCUUGAUGUUAACAGAGGAAGCUGACAAAUCACGUGGAACUUGUCCCUGUAGCUGCUUGAAGAGAAGGAACCAAAUUCACACUUCUUCAGCAGUCGUUUUUGACAGUGAAGCCCUGACUCUGCUCUGUGUAAGAAGAAAAGAUUUUGUAGCAAUUCAACAAAGGGAGAAAUCAAUGUCAUUCUGAGAGUGCUCCACCACUUCAUAGCCUCUGUGCCUGAGUGUGCUUGGUUUAGUAAAUUUUAAAGCUUUUUUUGUUGUUGUUGUUGUUUCCCCCCUCACUGGAACUAGAUCCUCUUCUCAGUUUUAAUACUUUGUAUCCUCAAGCAUGGAGUGCACCUUCUGUACACAUGCUCCAGUUUAUGUAGCUACUUAGACAUGGACUGAAUUAUUUGAUGUUAUUGGAUCAUAAGGUCCUAAUUUGAAUCCUUAUAAAAGGUUAACAAUCUAAAUUAAAAAGCAAUUUCAGGACUUACUAUUUGUGCUUUUGCAAAUCAUUUUGCUAGAACACCCUUCCAAACCUUGUGUUUGAGAAUAAUCACUAAUAGCAUGGACUGCAUUCUUGGUGUAUGUUCCUUCUAUUGAAAUUCUUAUUAAAUAAGUAUACAUCUGCAGCAUUCCCAAAUGGAGUUUAUUGUGCCAGUUCUAGAGGCCAGAGUGCUAUUAGUAGCACUUAUAAUGCAUCACUGAAUUUUUUUUCUCUUAAAAAAAUGUGGUUUACAGUUCUGUUGACCUAAAGUAUUGGUCACUCGACCGUCUAACACCUCAGGUUGAGCUGGGGAUUAUUUUUGUUCAUACAGUAUCUUUAUUGGUAAGGAUACUUAAGUUAGGUGAGAUGUUGCUUCAUGUUACCAAGGAGCAAAAUUUGGGGCCCUCUUCACUUUACCUCUGCCAUGAGGAACCGAAGACUGGAGAAAUGGAAGACAAUUCAAAGUCAAUGAAAAGAAGAUAGGAAGUUUUGAAAUUUUCACAAGAAGAGAAGUGGAUCCAAACCUUAGAACUACCAAACUCUGUGUUCUUCUUCAUUGAAAAGAACUUGUUUAUCAGUAGUUACUUGGAAAUGAGACUUUUGUGAGAUGAGCUUGGUUUUGCUGUAGGCUCUUACUCUGUACAAGUAACUUUUUUUCUGAAGGAAGCAUAUUGAUGGGCAUUCCAUUUUACUUGCAUCUUGAUACUGGAGUCCUUGCCGAGUAGAAUAACUAUCAAAAUCCUGACACAAGCUCCUUUUACCUUUUCUCUGGGGCUUUGUUUCAGUGCCUAUAGGUUCAGAGGACUGAGACAUCUCAGAUGCUAAACCAACCAUUGCCCACAUAAGGGAAAGAAGGCUGUGUUUUAUAAGUCUGCUUUAAAAAGAAGAAAGCUUGCUCUGAUUGCCCUUGGAAACAUCUGUCUCUCUUCCACUAUGACUUGCUAACUGUAGUGUUAGCAUUUUGCAUUUUCAUAAAAUACUUUCUCUUGUCACCUCUAAAGUACUUUUAUUCAUCUCAUUUGUCUGCUGAUUCAUUGUGGAUAGCAUUAAUAAAUGAACCAUAUCAGAACUGCUUACACUGACUUUUCAAGUCAAACUUGCUUGUGUUUUCUAGCUUAAUUCUCUGUUCCACGUUUUGCUGCAGUGAAGCCUGACUUAAACAGGUUGGUUGUUUUGGCAGGGGGUUGUUUUUUGGGGGUUUUGUUUGUUUUUUACAAGACUUCUGAGUUGUUUUUUAUAUUAUUGUAACUUGUCCCUUUCCUGAGCGUUAUACCUAAGAAAAUUCCCUGGUCUGUUUUAUUGGGCAUCCUAACUAUCUUUUCAUUGUACAGAACGAGUUUGCUAAGGGUUGGCAUCACUAGCAUCUGUCUGCGUAUCUGAGCCAACUCUCAGUUAAUGCAGCAGUGUUUUUGGCUUAAAUAUGCACCAUGGGAUCACUAGCUUCAUGAAGAGUUGCUUUAGCAUCUAUAGAAAUGCACAAAAUCCUUUCCACAUACUUGAAUGAUUGUUAGAAGUGCAACCUACGGAAGAGCUCAGAAUCUUCAAACACUACAUUGCCAGUCUUCCACUGCCCAGAGCUGUUUCUGCUAUCCUGAUGUUUUCAUUUCUAAGCUAAAGUUACAGUGAUGAAGACUCUCAAAUUCAUAUUCACAAAACCUGUUCAACUUUAUGUAUUAGAAUCUGGAAAUAAAUUUGAAAUAAAAAUUGCUUUUCAAGUCCAGGUCAGUGUAUCUUAGACGACUUACUCCCAAGUCGUUACAUACACCUUCAGAAACCAGAUGAAGCUUUCUAGAUUUGCCUUCUUAUACCAAGUCAUAGUAGCUUAUGCUCCAAAUGGCAUCUUUCAACUAAAUAUCAUCCUGGGUCCAUAAGGUCCAGCUGAGAAUAGUUUUUGUUUGCAUUUGGGCUGUUACUGCAUCAUCAUGAAGGCCUUGUCUUUCGUUUGUCUUAAAACACCGAUCUACUAUGAGACCAUGAACUGUUUUGUCUCUGUUAGCUCAGUAUAGCUGAAAGAAUUCUGAUAUGUAGUCUGCAUUUUUGAGAGAAUUUUCAUUAUUAUUAAAUUAGUAUGUGAUUUGCAGCAUGUGAGACCAUAGCUAUGAAAGAGUUAUUGUGUAACCUUAGUAGCUAGAUUCAUCUCUUCUGUGCCCAGGCAGACUGACUGGUAACUGCUAUGUGACUGUUUCACUAUUUGUACUUUGAAGCUGGGAUCAUGAUAGCUUUCCCCUUUCAGCUUACAUCACUGAUUAAUCUCUUUCUUUGGCUAAGUUUCAAGUCAAUAAAUGAGGAAAAAAAAAGUUACAGGUUUACCUAAAAAACAGACCCUUGCAUUUGUCUUUAUUUUUCAGUCUGUUGGGGGAUUUAAUCCAGACCAAAAAAAGAGAGAUCUGUGGAGGAUGGUCUUAGAGCAAAGAUGUAUGAUGCUGUUAUAUCUGUGUAUGACUAUUAUGAUGGCAUUCAAAUAUCAUCUGUUAGAGGUGAGUUGAGAAGGUAUGCACAUGAUACUGCAACAGAUUCAGCACAGUUCUGACUGGCAGAUGGUGAUUUGUUUAAGCCAAAUAACCAAGGGCUGUGCUCCUCUAAAAAAAAAUGGCUGAUCUCCUCAAUGUACAAAGCAGCCCCUGACUGGUUCAGGUGUAGGAGACUGGUGUUUCUUUGAUCUAUAGUUAUACAUCUGUACUUUCAGAGAUGUGGAUAUAUAGGUAUGUACCUGGGCCUGUAGAUGCCAACUGUUCUGACAUUGUUGAAGUCAAGAAUUAAAUACACAGGAACGCAUUUUGGGUGGAUGGUACUGUAUGGCAAAACUUCUUAAAUGCUUUAUUUAAAAAGAAAAAUUUCUUUUGGCAACAAUGCUGUUGGAACAAGUUUAAUAGACUGUGGAACGUGUCUACACUGUGAUUGCAUCUCAGUGGUAACUUGGUCAUUGGGAACGCUGACACAUGAACUAGAAUGGAAUUCUUUUACACUCAAAGCAUUUGCUGUUUUCUUUUUUGCAAACACUGGUUUGUACAUAAUCUGAAUUGAAUGUGAAUCUUUUUUAAAUACCUUUCCAGUUCUUGAUAAGAUACAUUUUUGAUAGAUUAUUGCAAUUAUUCCUGUACUUGUCUAAUAAUUAAAAUAAAAGUUGCAUGGAUCCUGA